GAGUGCAGGAGGCAUUAGAAUCUGAAAUCUCUUCCAAGGAUAUGAGGUACUUAAAACUUCAUUUACAUGCUAGGACAUUUUCAUGGGAACUUUCUGAGAAAUGGAAUUGAAAGAUCUGGAAGAAGAAGUUGUGGCAGCAUUGCCUGAAGAUAUGAGACCAGGCCCAAACCCUUAUGGCUUCCCGUGGGAGUUGGUCAUCUGUGUAGCUUUUGGUGGAUUUUUUGCUGUUGCCUUGUUUUUAUGGAGAAGUUUUCGAUCGGUUAGAAGCCGGCUUUAUAUAGGAAGAGAAAAAAAGCUUGCCCUAGAGCUUUCUGGACUGAUAGAAGAAAAGUGUAAACUCCUUGAAAAAUUUAGGAUAGUUCAGAAAGAGUAUGAAGGCUUAGAAUCAUCUUUAAAGGAUCCCAGCUUUGAGAAGGAGUCAACAGAAGCACAAAGUUUGGAGGCAACCUAUGAAAAAUUGGAUAGUUCCAAAUCUAAACUUGAAGAUGAAAUACUAUUCCUUGAAAAAGAGCUAAAAGAAGAGAAGUCUAAACAUUCGGAACAAGAACAAUUGACGGCGGAUAUUUCAAAAAGGAUACAAUCUCUAGAAGAUGAAUCAAAUUCUCUCAAAUCACAAGUAGCUGAAGCCAAAACAACCUUCAGAGUAUUUCAGAUCAAUGAAGAACGACUUAAGGGAACAAUAAAAGAUGCUUUGACUGAAAAUUCCCAACUUCAGGAAAGUCAGGAACAGCUUUUACAAGAAAUUGAAGUCUGGAAAGAACAAGUGAGUGAACUUAACAAACAGAAAAUAACAUUUGAGGACUCCAAAGUACAGGCAGAACAAGUUCUCAGUGAUAAAGAAGACCAUGUCAAGUCUUUGACCCAGCGCUUGCUAAAGAUGAAAGAUUGGGCUGCUGUGCUUGGAGAAGACCUAACUGAAGAUGGUAACUGGGAUUUGGAAAUGAAGAGUGAGUCAGAAAGUGUUGCUCACUUAGAUAAUCCACCAAAAGGAGCCUUGAAGAACCUGGUUUAUGCUGCUAAGUUAAAUGCUUCUUUAAAAACGUUAGAAGGAGAAAGAAACCAAAUUUACAUUCAGUUAUCUGAAGCAGAUAAAACAAAGGAAGAUCUUACAGAGCAAAUUAAAAGUCUUCAGGAUGAACAAGUUUCUUUGCAGUCAGAAAACACAGAAUUUGAAAGUGAGAACCAGAAGCUUCAGCAGAAACUUAAAGUUAUGACUGAGCUGUAUCAAGAAAAUGAAAUGAAACUUCACAGGAAAUUAACAGUAGAAGAAAAUUCUCGGCUAGAGAAAGAGGAGAAACUUUCCAAAGUAGAUGAAAAAAUAAGCUAUGCUGCUGAAGAGUUGGAGAACUAUAGAAAGCGAGCCAAAGACCUUGAAGAAGAAUUGGAGAGAACCAUUCAUUCUUAUCAAGGACAGAUUAUUUCCCAUGAGAAAAAAGCACACGAUAAUUGGUUGGCAGCUCGGACUGCUGAAAGAAACCUCAAUGACUUAAGAAAAGAGAAUGCUUACAACAGGCAAAAAUUAACUGAAACAGAAUUUAAAUUUGAACUUUUAGAGAAAGAUCCUUAUGCACUUGAUGUUCCAAAUACAGCAUUUGGCAGAGAGCAUUCCCCAUAUGCUCCUUCACCAUUGGGCCGACCUUCAUCUGAAACGAGAGCUUUUCUCUCUCCUCCAACUUUGUUGGAGGGUCCACUCAGACUCUCACCUUUGCUUCCAGGGGGAGGAGGAAGAGGCUCAAGGGGCCCAGAGAAUCCUCUGGACCAUUCAAUUAGCAAUGAAAGGGGAGAAUCAGGCUAUGAUAGGUUGAUGGAUCCCCACAGAGCACCUUCUGACACUGGGUCCCUGUCACCUCCCUGGGAACAAGACCGCAGGAUGAUGUUCCCACCAUCAGGUCAACCAUAUCCUGACGCAGCUCUUCCCCUACAGAGGCCAGACAGAUUUUAUUCUAAUUCUGGUAGAUUAUCUGGACCAGCAGAACUUAGAAGUUUUAAUAUGCCUUCUUUGGAUAAAGUGGAUGGGUCAUUGUCUUCAGAAAUGGAAUCCAGAGCAAAUGAUACCAAAGAUGAUAUUGGUAACUCACACAUGCUUGACUCAUCUCUCGCUGCUGAGAGGGAAGCCCCCGGCUCGGGCUUUGCGCCUCCACCCCUCCCUCCGGUCCGAGCUCCCUUGUUUCCAGUGGAUCCCAGGAACCAGUUCUUGAGAAGGGCACCUCCAUUUCCUCCACCUCCUCCCAGCGCCCUGUAUGGAGUUCCCCGGGACUAUUUCCCACCCAGGGGUUUCCCUGGCCCACCACCUCCUCCGUUCCCAAUGAGAAGUGUCUACCCACAGAGGGGCUUUCCUCAGUACCUCCCCCCCCAAGCUGGGUUGUUUCACCCAGCCCCACAUUCUGAAAGCAGCAGCCAAUUCCCUGCAGCACUGACUCCGGCCAGUGAACCUGCUGCAGAACCUCCCAAGGCCCAACAAGAAGCCUGAUGGCACUUGAUUGCUUGCUCCUCAAGUCAUCUCCACCCAGCUGGUCUUCAGUUUAAGUAACUGCUGUUACUUAAGUGAUUAUACUUCUGCUCAAAUUGAAGCUCAAUGGAAUAAGAAUUCUCAGGAUAGAACUUUGUAAAUAAAGAUGAUUUAAAUAUGA